AUGGCUUUGUACACUGUGGCUGUCGCCUAUGGAUUCGUGAUAACUGCGACCGUUUUCGUCGGAAUUUUCCUCAUCCGGACAUUGGUUGUCCUUCACAAAGUCAAGGGAAAACUUUCGAGACGGACUCAUAGCGCCCAAAGGAACGUUCUCUACAGUUUAAUCCUUCAGGUCGGGGAUUUACUUUUGAAAAAGUGGAAAAAGUUCAGAAACCAAUGAAAUUGAGGUGAAAUACAUUUCAAUAAGUCUUCUUUUUCACUUCUUUCGAAUCUAGAGGACUCAAAGACAUCGUGUAUUUAUUGCUUCAAAAAACUUGUUUAGAAAUUUUUUAACGUCACUUAAAUUCAUUACGCAGAAUUUUACGUUGAUCUGUGAAGGGUUCUGGAUUCCUUUCUCAAUCUGUUAUAAUUGAAAGUUCUUUCCUAGAGACUAAACCAACCAAAAAACAUCUUUUUCCAUUUUUUAAGCCCUUUUAUCGAAACCAGCACUCUGAUAGUUUUCUGGAAAUUUUCAUAUACACGAAUCAAAAUUUUCACACGGUUGUUACCGAAUGGACGAAUAACAAAAAAGAAAUAGCAAGGAAAACUUAUUGAUCGAUACGUGGAGUAUUUUUCCCCUUCAAAGACAACGGUGAAGAGCCUUUAAAUUUCAAAAUUAAACUAACAAAGAAGAUGAUUAUUAACAACUUUUUAAGAUGUUGAAAAAAUUAAGGCCCUGGCUCCGCUAGUUCUACUUUUCGUGCCUUUCGUCAUUUUUGCCGUCGUCGCGAUUCACCAGCUUUACGAUUGGAAUCGUGAGAUUUCCUCCAAGAAAUACAUAUUUCCAAUUGAACACAUCAGACAUUAUCGUAGCCUGCGUCUUUCUGAUCCUUCUACACGGGGUCGCCUCUAACCUGGCGAUGAUCGCGACAACGCCUCGUUUCCGCGAUAUCGUCUUCAGUUUUCAGAAAUCCAGUGUCAAGAAAGUUUCGAGAGCAUGA